GAGCCGCUCCUUCACUACAUCUAUCCGUCGUCUCGCUCAAGAACCUGCUCCUGUCGACCCUCAAGCUGCCAAGGAAACAAAAGUCAGCGCCAACUACAGCAACCCUCAGAUCCGCAAGCCCCGCAGAGGUCCCUACGCAGACUCCCCCUUGCCAGUCUUCCCCCUCCUAGCCAUCUUCUUCACCGGCUCCUUCCUCUUCUAUCAAUUGUCAAAGUCCAGACAAGGCCAAGGCAAAUCUCACUACGUCCUGCCUCCUCGAGACAAGAAGCCGCCACCCGCCAAAGAGUUCAACUCCAACCUCCACUCCGAACAUUAAACAAUGGCUCCCGCAAACCUCCCCACCAUCCCCGCCAUGAACCGCGACAAGCCUCUGUUCCCCACCGGUGUCGCCGACGGUGAGGCUACUGUCAUCUUCGUUCUCGGUGGUCCCGGUGCCGGCAAGGGCACUCAAUGCAGCAACAUCGUCCGCGACUACAAGUUCAAGCACCUUUCCGCUGGUGACCUUUUGCGUGAGGAGCAAGACCGUCAAGGUAGCGACUUCGGUGACUUGAUCAAGGAAUACAUUCGCGAUGGCAAGAUUGUUCCUAUGGAGGUUACUAUCCAAUUGCUCGAGAACGCCAUGCAGGCCACUAUCAAGAACGAGGGCAUCAACAAGUUCCUCAUCGACGGUUUCCCUCGCAAGAUGGACCAGGCUGUUCAGUUCGAGAAGUCUGUCUGCAAGAGUGUCUUCACCCUCUUCUUCGAGUGCCCCGAGCACGUCAUGGAGGAGCGUCUGAUCAACCGCGGCAAGACCAGUGGCAGAGCCGAUGACAACGAGGAGAGCAUUCGCAAGCGUUUCAGAACUUUCGUCGAGACCAGCAUGCCUGUUGUCGAGUACUUUGACAAGGACGGCCGUGUUGUCAAGGUCCAGGCUGUCCAGACUCCCGACGAGGUUUACGAGCACGUCAAGGUCGGCUUCACCCAGCGCGGCAUCAAGCUCGUCUAGACUUUUUCCUAGCUUCAUCAUAGACUUCUAAUAAGCAUUUUCAAACCUACAUUACCUAUCCGCAUAACGGGCAACGCCUCGCAGCUUAGUAGCUGGUUCUCAUCAAUGUGUGUACGCCCCCUCCUCAAAUCGCCAUCUACACGACAUACCGAACAGGGGAGGAUCUAUGUACUUGACUGUUUUCGCGCACGCUCUUUGAACGGAUCUAAUUCGUAGGAUCAUCAAUUGGGAAAUUUCAUCAUAUAUUCAGAUAAUAAAUACUGCCUUCUCUUUUUGUUGUGCAGAGUCUAGCGGUCACACUGUAGUUGACCGUACAGCCCGUUCACAGGAACAUAACUUUGAGUGUGGAUAUCAACAUCUCCAGACUACGUACAU